UCAUUUCUUGUUCAAGUAAUGAUGGCGUUUAAGCAGACACCGAAAAAGGAUUGGUACAGUAUUUUGGGAGCAGACCCAUCUGAAGAUGUGGCUGACCUAAAACAAAAAUAUCAAAAACUUGUAUUAAUGUAUCAUCCAGAUAAACAAAGUACAGAUGUGCCAGCAGGAAUGGUGGAGGAAUAUAUACAGAAGUUCAUCAACAUUGAUCAGGCAUGGAAAAUUCUAGGGAAUGAAGAGACAAAAAAAGAGUAUGACCUGCAGCGGCAUGAUGAUGAGCUACGAAAUAUGGGACCAGUAGAUGCUAAAGUAUAUCUUGAAGAAAUGUCUUGGAAUGAAGCUAAACUUGUUCACUGCUUGGAACCCUUUAGCAGAAUAUUCAGACAUGAUAAGAAGAAGCCACGCAAACUCCAAGGAAAUGAACUCUUAGUUUGGUCCACAAAGAAAAUACAAGACCAUCAAGCAAAGGCCACCUCAGACUAAUAUAAAAUUGUUUAUAUGUACUUAUAAUUUAUAUUUACAUGUUCCCAUAAAAGGACUUGGAUUAUAAAUUAUAUUCAGAGCAGUCCCCAGAUGGUGACUUUUAUUUCUUGUUAAAGAAAAUAAUUAUUUUUCUUAACAUAAACAUAUCUCUGCAAUUGGCAAAGUGCUUCUUUGUAGUUACCUUUUCAGAUCUAAGAGAUGAUGGUUUUUAGCUGCCAAAGUUAUGCUGCUGUAGACCUAUCCCUUUCUAAGGUCAUCAGAAUGAAAUUAGAAUCUUGGUAAUCAACAUGAGAGUCUAGUUGUCCCAUAUAAAAGGCUACAUAUUGAUAUAUGUGAAAUUAAAAGUGAAGCAGGUAAGUUGGCAUCUGUAGAAAGAUAGGUAAACGUUGGAGUCAGAAGUUUGGGAGCACAGCCAUUAUCACCUUCAUAUAUAAUUUAGGAAAUGGAAGCUUUAAAAUAAUUAUUUGCCAUUGGGCAUCUCUCUUUUUUGUGUCAGAGCUUUAAGAUACAGAAUCAAUUGUCUGUAUGUAUAAACAAACAACUCAUCACUGAUAUAAUGAAUUGUACUUUUUUCAAUGAAUCAUUGACUGCAACAUAUUGUGGAUGCUAUACCCUUAAAGAAUUAUUUUAUAUGUACUCAGCAUUCUCUGAACAGUAUAAAUCAAGAGUUCAUUUAAAGAACUUUGAGGAUCCUCUAUGUGAUCAUUGAAACAUUUUAAUAUAACUUUAGGGACAAGAGAUUAUUUUCAUUGCAUCUAUUCCAAAAUUUAAAAUAUGAGGUAAUUAUCUUCUUCCCCCUUCCAUUAUUUGUAUUUAUAAUCAUAAAAUGUAGAUGGAAUAUUUAUUUGGGAUUAGUUUCUUUUCCUUUUUUUUUAGGUAAGGUCUCACUGUGUAGCUGAGGCUAGCUUUAAAUUCAAGAUUUUUCCUGCCUCACCUCCCAGUGCUAGAUUACAGGUGUUCAAUACUGCCUGGUGCUUGGGUUACAUUUGUAUCCAAAUAUUAGCUAGUAUAACUUGAAUAAUGUGUUGCUAUCCUUUGCAU